AUGCCAGACUCCAAAGACUUCUACCCCGGCCAACGCCUCUCCUACGCCUCCCACCCCUGCACCGUCCGCUACACCGGCCCCGUCCAUUCCACCACCGGCACCUGGCUCGGCGUAGAAUGGGACGAUCCCACCCGCGGCAAACACUCCGGUUCCCACAACGGCCACCAAUACUUCACCUGUCUGCACCCCUCGCCAACAUCCGCAUCCUUUGUCCGACCCAGCAGGAAACCGGAUGAAAAACGCACUUUUGUGCAGGCGCUCAAGGCAAAAUAUGCAUCUGAGUCUGACGACGAGGAUGAAGAAGACGAUGGGCUUGUGGAUCCACAUGUGCAGGUUGUGUUUAAUGUGCAAAGGGGUGUUGAUGGGAAACCGGUGAAUCUGGGUGGGAAGAUGGGGAGAGGCAAGGGUAAGGGCAAGGAGAAGAGGGAGAUCAAAUUUAGUGGCAAGGUUGCAGAGGAGGUGGGCUUUGACAAGAUUCGAAAGCAGUUGGCGCAGUUGUCUGAGCUCAAGAUUGUCAUUCUUGAUGGGCUGUGUAUGUGGAGGCCUGAGGCGAGGGGAGAGAGGUGGAUGGCUGAGGGGGAGAAGACGGAUGUUAGGGAGGCGUGUCCGAAGGCGAUGGAGCUGGAUCUGAGUAGGAAUCUAUUUGAGGAGUGGAGAGAGGUGGCGGGGAUUUGUGAGCAAUUGGAUCGGUUGGGGAGUUUGAGAGUAGAGUAUGUGCUGUAUUUUCUGUUGUUAUUUGGCAAAAUGGCCUUGCUAAUCCAAUGUGCCAGUGGAACGCGAUUCAGGGAUACGACGCUCACAGAUAUCGAGCGAGAAAGAUGUUUGAAGGCUUUUCACGGCAUCAAGGUCCUCAAGCUAGAGGACAAUCUUCUACCAUGGGAAGAUCUCGCCAGACUCACACAUCUCUUCCCCAUCCUCUCCACAUUCUCCGCAUCAAGCAACUUGUACAGCACGCUCUCCUCACAUACCCUCAACCCAAGCAUCACCGACCUAACUCUCGAAGACAACCUCAUCACCUCCCUCUCCUCCCUCGCAUCUCUGACAACACUCCCAAACCUCGCCCGCCUAAUUCUCAAAUCCAACAAAAUCUCCGACAUCACCACUACUCCGACGACCCCUCUACCCAUCUUCCCCCCAUCGGUUCGCGAAGUCGACCUCUCCUUCAAUGAGAUUUCCGCCUGGGCUUUCAUCGAGUCCCUCGCCCACGUCUUCCCGGGCCUCACCAGCCUCCGCGUCUCCCACAACCCACUGUACGAAAACCUCCACGCCCCGGACGGCCGGGUCCUCACCCCAGACGACGGGUACAUGCUGACCCUCGCACGGCUGGGCAAUCUCAAAACGCUCAACCACAGCCCGAUCAACGACAAGGAGCGGUUGAAUGCCGAAUCAUACUAUCUAUCCAUGAUAGCGAAGGAGGUGCAAUUCGCGCCCGAGGGGCUGCGGGAGCAGAUUCUAGCCAGUCAUCCGCGGUAUGGCUGGUUGUGUGAGGAGUAUGGCGAGCCGGAUGUGAAGCGUUCGGUGGAUGCUGUGAAUCCCAAUUCACUGGCUGCGCGGCUUGUGAAGAUCAAGUUUCACCGAGCACCUGGUGAGGCGGUAUUUGAAGCGGAAAUACCCAUGAGCUGUACGGCAUACACAGUGCUAGGCAUCGUGGGGAAACGAUUUGGCGUACCCCCGCUGAAAUGUAGGAUGAUUUGGGAGACGGGCGAUUGGAUGUCCGCGCGGAAGACGAUGGGAGGUGUGACAGAUGAAGAGUGGGAGUCAGACGAUAGCGAGGCGGAUAUCGGUAUGCAGCGGAUCAUGCGCGAGGUGGAGAUUGUGCCGGGGACGAGGUCAAUUGGAACCUGGGUUGAUGGGACAGAAGCUGCUGUGAGGGUCGAAGUCAAGUAG